CGGACCGUCAAUCUUACAAUCAUGCCCCGAGCCCCGCCCCAUGGCCGGAUCGAACAAUGAAUCUCGCAAUGUCCCGGGUCGCCAUGCCCUGAUGGAACAAUCAAUCCGCCAUGCCCCGGGCCGCCGCUGUGCGUGACCCCUAAGACAGACCCGAGGAUGCGUUGCGCACGUCAUGGAGCCCAACGCGCUCCAUGCCCUGUUUCGGGUUGCGACGAUCGAGCGGUCACUCUCAUGCCGUGAUGGCCGCAAUGCUAUGGCCUCGUCAAGUCCGAGCCUCGUCGACUAGCCAGUCUCGCGAUGACACCACACUUGUCGGAUAGCGAGUGUCGCCAUGACUUGAGCCGUGAUGGCCGCUUCACACGGUCCAUCUCGUGAUGUUUCGAGCCAACGGCCUCGUCGAAUUGACCAAAAUGUUCUUUUCUGAAAUGCGUGCCGCGAACCGAAGUCAAAGCACGCCUGCGUAAUUUAAGGCUUCUUGUUCUCUGUUUUUUAUCUAUCAGCAGUUUCAGUCGCAUAUCUCACAGCUCAUAUUCACGCACUCUCCCAGAUGUUUACAGACGAUAUGCCAAUGUUCGCUAUGCCAUGAGUCGACACAGAAACGACGCUGCUGCCUAUCUAAAAGGCCCAUUAAACCUCGAUUCACAUGACGUCCAGACACACAACACAUAAUGUCCAGACACACAACACACUCUAUAGGUCUUCAAACGCACAGCCUUUUACAUCCGGUUCCACCACUCUCUUUUACCCAUCCACGCAUCAGACCGAUUCCUCAACCACGUCAUCGAGAAGCCUGCACGGUGGUCAACCAGCAGCGGGGCGGCCACAUAAGCUGGUGUGUGUGUCCUAAAGAGCAUUCUCCACCAAUCGACGUCAUGGUUAUAAGCUUUGGCAUCCACAGCAGCCAAAUCGCGAAGGUACUUCGAAAGGCAAGGAAGAUGAGUUUUUCGAACCACAUAGGAAUAUGCGCCAAAGGCAUAUUUGAUGUGAACGAUGCCAGGGUCAAGUAAUUUGGGAGUGCGACUUAGCUUUUGUCCUCUUGGAAGGUGGGGAACAAUGUGAUGGGCGCCGAGAAACAGUAUCAGGGAGUUGUUUGGCCAUCGCAUCAGAAGCAGAUCAAAUUGCGUCUUCCAUGAAUCCUGGUUGAGUGGCUUGAAAGGCAUAGCGUCAUCCUCAAAAAUCAUGGCCACAUCAACGUUGUCCUGCAUAGCACGAUCAACUGCACAUAUGCUGCUAGCAAGAAUGCCAAGCCCUCGCUUUUGGGAUCGAAAUGUCGUUAUCCUCACGAUGUCGAGCUCAGGGUAUGCAGUGGCCCAUUCUUUCCGAAAGCGAGAGUAACGCGCCGGUUCUCCCUCAGCUUCAGGCAAUGUCAUAACGUACGCACGACGUCUACUGUAUGGCAUAGAUUCAUGAUCCUCGGAGAAUCCACAGUCCUCUUUGAAACCAGCCGGAGAGCGAAUCGGCUUCACCUCUUCAAGGGCUCCAGAUGCUGAAAGCGGACGUAGAGAGAAUCUAGCGUAUGAAGACGCCGUCGGAAUUUCCAAAGUUUUUACGUAUUGGCGUACUGCCGGUGGCAAGUAGUUUUGAAAAACCCAAAUGCAAGUGAAAGUGAUGAAUGCGAAAAGUACUGGGAGUAGCAGGCUAGCGCGCCCAAUUGCCAUCUUAUGGGGUUUCACGGAGGUGAAGGGGAUUUCGGAGAGGAAUGGGAGAGAGGAGGAGGGCAUUGGGAGAGCGGGAUGAGCUAUGGCGACGGGAAAAGGGUGCAUGCAGUCAUGCGACUCUUGAGGGAGCUGGCAACGAGCCUGUGUAACAAGUAAAGCGCCCGCAAGCUGAGCGCGGUGCACGACCCCCCGGUUGAGCAUGCGGGAUCGGCAUUUGGCAAUUGAGCUGUUGCUUAUGAGCAUGAAUACAGUAAGAACUGCUUCACACAUUGCUCAGAACUGUAAACAUGCAAAGCACCAUCUGUUUGUCUUUACAUCACGAACUUGCGUCGCUUGGCGAUGAAGCAAUGAUAUCUCCUUCCAAACGGUUCGUGUGCGCAUGAGCCUCUGGGUGUUCCCUCAGGAAUGUUUGUUACCCCCCGCCUCGCUGUUCGAGAACAGCUUUGAUGCGACAUCGACGGUCAUCGAUGUGGUGCUGCUUCUUCUGAUAGCUCGAAGACUUGUAGCCGCUCACGGUCGCCCGCCAAAUCUUGAUACUUCCACUAAAAGUCGAGAAUGGCUUCCGUCGUCCUUUGCUCUACCUCAAGGCUCGAGACCUCAAGGCUCGAGAAUUGCCAGUGUAUGAGUGAAAGAAUGAUUCAUCAUGACGCCUGAUUGAUUGUGGAAGUUCUCUACUUGGACGAGUGCACAAUCUCAUGUCACUUGCUGUUUUUGGCAUGGCCAGCAACAGUUCGCAUGACCACUAGACAAACCUACCGUCGAUCAGCCUUGCCAACGCCCCUUUUCCCACUAAAGAGGUGUCUCGGCUUCAGAUUGGCAAUGUGCCGGUCUCCCUCCCCCUUGCGGGCGUCCUUGUUACGUGAGCGCUGCUUCAAGCGACGAAUUUUCUCAGCCCGAACACGAUCCUAACCGGAAAAACACAGUGCGUACGCAUGAUGUGAUGCAUUUCCUGAGCGCCGUGAAUGUACCUUUUCCUUCGGCAGUCCCGUCUUAACGCGAUCAGGUGCGUUCUUCUUUGCGUGUGGGUUUGUGUCCUUGCCCGUCAUGUCCGACGGAGACGACAGUCUGCGCUUCUUGCCCGGCCGACGCUCGGACUCUUCUUGAUCGACGGCCAUCUUAACGUCUUCCGCCCCCUGCAGACACGACGCAAAGAGAAUACAGACAACACGAGCUACAUUGCUGUACUGCCUUACUUCUUCAUCGUCAAUGUCCAUUUCGGCAUCAGAGCGAGUGCGCUUACGAUGCC